AUGGGUGUGCCUUCUUUCUUCUUGGGAAUAGAAACUGUCCCGUUAUCUAGCGGUAUGCUUUUAUCCCAGCAACGGUACAUGAAGGAUAUUCUCAAACGUGCUGGCAUGGUGGACUGCAAGCCAGUAAUCACGGCUGUCUCUUCUGCGAAAAUCACAGACGACGUGGCCGUUCCAUAUGCCGAUCCAACACUAUACAGGAGUCUUGCUGGUGCUCUCCAGUAUCUUACGAUAACUCGUCCGGAUCUAUCUUAUGCUGUUAAUCUAUUGUGUCAACAUAUACAUGCUCCCACUACUACAGACUUGGCCUAUCUAAAGAGAGUCCUGCGGUAUGUCAAAGGCACCCUUAAUCUUGGCCUGCGUAUGUCUCGGUCUACAUCUAUGGAUAUUCACGCCUAUUCUGACUUAGAUUGGGCUAGCGAUCCGAAUAAACGCAAAUCUACUAGUGGCUUUACUGUGUUCUUGGGCAGUGAAUAA